CCGCGACGCUUGAAAACGACGACGCCGCGAAAACGCGUGUUGUUGAUCGCAUUCAGUUUACCGUGUGACUCGCAACGAAACCGAAACGUUUUUCAAACCACGUAUAAGCAAUCCUGUUGAAUCAUUUUGGAUAGUUUAUUUUAUUAUAUUAAAAAAACGUUAAAAUGUCUGAAGAAUCAAAACCCGAACCACCAACUACAGAAGUAGAAAAUUUAAAAAUCGAAAAUGGUGAUCGUGCUUCAACACCAACAGCAUCUUUCGAAGACCAAUUUAAAUCGUUUUCAAAAUUUGGCGAUCCGAAAUCGGAUGGUAAACAAAUUACUUUAUCCCAAAGCGAUAAAUGGAUGAAACAAGCCAAGGUUAUCGAUGGUAAAAAAAUAACAACUACCGAUACAGGAAUUUACUUUAAAAAAUUGAAAUCAAUGAAGCUGGGUAUUGUUGAUUACGUAAAAUUUUUGGAAGAUUUAGCUAAAGCUAAGAAGGUUGAAUUAGUUGAUAUAAAAUCGAAAUUAGCUGGAUGUGGAUUACCCGGUGUUUCCACGGUUGGGGUUGGAAAAGCUACUGAAACAGUAAACAGACUUACAGACACCUCAAAAUAUACUGGAACGCAUAAACAACGUUUCGAUGAUGCUGGAAAAGGAAAAGGAAUAGCUGGUCGUAAAGAAAUGGUGGAUGGUUCUGGUUACGUAUCUGGUUAUCAAAACAAAGACACAUAUAAAAACUAAGAAAUAAAAAUAAUAUUAAAAGUAAUACUCAUAUUAUAUUCUAUGCAUAGAUAUAUAUCUAAAGAAAAAAUAAUUUAUGCAAUAUACUCUAAAAUUUAAUACCACUUAUUAAAAAAAAAUAAUUUUUAUGUAAACCAACAACUAUUUAUAACUAAAUGGUUGUGAAACCUGUGAGAUUUUGGUACAAAAUGAAGAAAUAAAAAUUUUAAAGCUUCUGAAGUGGUAUUGAUUUUAGAAAUGUUUUGAAGCAGCUUUGGAUUCUCGUGGAACUUGCGCAAAAACAAAAUAAAAGAUUUAAAAAUAAUAUUUAAUGCCCAAGUGACAGUUUUAUUCACGAGAUUUAAAACUACUCCACCAGUUUAAAAUGUCUAAACAUAGUUGAUGAUUAUAAUGUUGUAAAAUUUUAUUAUCUAUCGCGCCUAGCCUCGAUAAAUUGUAGAAGAGUACAUAAAUGUUAUGUAUAAUUACAUAAAGAUAUGAUUACAAUUUAUUUAUUUUAUACAAAUGUAAUAUAAGAAAAUCUA